AGAAGAGCUCUCAGCUGGCAAUUGCUGAUUGAUUCCGAAGCUCAGGAAGCUAAUUGUUGAUUGUAAAUGAACUUGUAUUUAGAAAUUGCCAUAGUAAAACAAAUUCUACUGGUAAGAUCAGCAAACCCGCCGGGUAAAGUGACGCGGAGACUGCUCACUUCCUUCUCCUAUUUUUAAGUGGAUGUGAUUCAAUUGCUAGAAAUUAAUUGGAACCGAUUGGAGUAAAUGCUCUGAAGAAAAUGGCGGGAAAAACGUGGUUGAACUGCUUGAAGCACCAGGAGGCUAAAGGUCACACAAAGAAAAAGAGUGACCUAAAAGGACGCGAUCACGACACCGCAAUAACAGCCGACCCUCAGAGCGGCCAGAGAAGCGAACCAGAGGGCUGCAUCGAUCCCCACCAAGACGAUAUAUCCAUCACAGAGGACCUCAUCGAUCCCGAGUACCUCCUUGAUCCUCCCGAGAACUGGCGCUUGGACAUCAAUGCCACGAGCGCCAAGGAGUUAAAAUCAAACGGACAUUGCGGAGGAGCUGCAAGGAAGCGAGACAGAAGACUUGUUAAGAAAGAGGAAAGAGAUUUUGCAGAAGUUAUCCUACCACCUAACAAGAUGUCUGUGGCUGUUCAAGUGGUGAACGGGAGAGAGCAAGGCACGGAGGAGGAGGAGGAGCUACAGGAAGCAGGGGGCGGAGCUCAGGAAGCUGGAGGGGGAGGAGCUCAGGAAAUAGAGGGCGGAGCACAGGCCAUGGACAUAACGGAGGAGGAUAUGGUGGUGGUGCCUCGCAGCCCCAGAGAAGAAGGGAUGAGCGACAGUGAAUUAUACCAGUCAGGUGCCCCAAAGAAGAAGAAGUUCAAAGCAUGGAAGUCGAUAAAGAAGAUUUUCAAGAAGAAGAAGAGUUCGAAAGGAUCAGAAGGGGACUCAACACCAAACAAGAACAAGUCUAAAUCAACAAGCGAACUAGAAACAGGAGGGGAUGAGGAAGGUGAACUGAACAAACGCAUCAGCAUGUCAGAAGAUAGUGUGUUUACACCAGACAAACCUGCAUCAGCCAAAGACAGGAGCUCCUAUUCACUCAACACAUCAAACCUGGCAGAUGAGAUUAGUGCCAAACUCAAGGAGAGAGCCAGCUCCUCGGACGACGGCUACGCCCAGUCUAGUGAGGACGCCAUGACAACGGGUGACACCACCCACGACAACUCAUAUGUGGCGCCCUCAGACAGCAGUAAGACAGACAGUGGCAUCAUCACUACAGAGGACGAGAAGAGCUUUACAAGCAUUGGGGUCAAGGACAGUCAUCAUGUUACAGCCGACAUGAAGAGAUUAAAAUCAGAAAAUCUUGGUGAUGUGGACCUUGAUCUAAUCCGGACGUCAAAUCUGCUACCUAGCUCAGCGGCCAAACACAGAAUAUCUGUGGCGCCCUCUAACAGGAGACCAAGUAGAAAAGCACGUGCUCGGACACCGCAGAAGCGGUCCAGCAGCCGACUUGAUGAUGCCCCCUCCCCCAUAGCAGAAGAGCCCACUACCCCCACAAAGAGUCCCACCCCUCUUGAUCUUGACAAUGAGGAGAAGGGAGACACGCCCAAGAAAGAUGCAGUACCCGUCGUCAUCAUUGAGUCCCCAUCUUCAGAUGACCUCAAGUCCACCCUUGAGGGUGACUCCCAGGGAGAGUUGGGACAGGAGGAGGAGGAGGAAGAGGAGGAGCCCAUGAUCCUUCCUCAGAUUCCCAAAGAGGUCAUCAUCAUCAUGAAGGAUGACCCACCCAAGAAGGAUGAUACCAAGAAGGAACCUGAGAAGGAGGCGAAGCCCAGCACCCCAACCACACCCGUACCACCAACAACACCGGUAGAGACCAAUGCCCCAGAGGAGGAUGCAGCUGCUGCAUCACCACCACCACCUGAGAUGAAGAAGAAAGAGGAGGUGGAGAAGGAGAGCGCAGAGACGGAGAAAGACGUGGAGGAGAAGAAGGAAGAGGCGGAUGCCGUCGAGGAGAGACGGUUGAGUGUGGCUGCAAGCAAGGCUCUCUUCGAAGCCAGAAUCCCCGCUGGUACGGAGCCCACCAAAUCAAGCAAUAAGGGGGUUGUCAAUGGCAACGGUACGCACAAGGCAGAAGCGAGGCGAUCCAGUCAACCUAUCGAGGCAGUUCCGGAGACCAAAGCUGAAGCAGACACCAAGCUGUCAGAGAAGGAAGAGAAGAAAGUGGAGAAGAAAGAGGAGAAGGAAGAUGGGAACGAGGAGGAGGAACCUGUCUUCACAGAUAAGGAGGAAGCUGAAGAGUCUAAAGAGGAACCAGUCAGUCUCAGAGACAGAAUCUCAAAGUACCAAAACCUAGCCACCAAGACGUCAGUGAAGGGCCUAACAGCCCAUGUCGGGACGCGAAGCAGCCCCUCAAAGCAGAGACCAGCCUCGACCAGUAACAUCGAGAACAAGGACUCGCCCAAGAAGUUUGCCCCAAAGGACAUGGAUUUAUCUGUGGAGAAUUCAGAAAGACAUGUGGUUCCGUCAAAGCCCUCAUCAACAAGUUCCAACAAACCCAGCGGGUCAACGGCAACGACAACCGAACCCUCCAAAGCGUCCAUUAAUCCCUCAUCAUCCUCGACAUCGACGACCACCACCACAUCAACCACCCGCAAGCCCCUCCAACCCAAGAUCGAUCGCUGCAUGGUGUGUGAUAAGGCCGUCUACCCCAACGAGUCAAGCAAGUUUGAAGGUCGCGUCUUCCAUCGGACUUGCCAGAAGUGCUGCGAAUGCAGCCGAACUUUGACCCUGUGGAACCUGGAUAUCGCUGAUGAUCACCUCUACUGCAAGCAGCAUGGCACAGUGGUGAAAAACAACCAACUCAAAGAGAAACUCAUCAUUUGAUAA